UCUGUUAGUUCUGUUGUCCCAGCGGUGGUGGGAAUGGAUUUGGGAUCUCGCGAUAGUUGGGGCUUAGAGUUCCAGUCGAAAAUGGCGCCCGUUGUGACGGGGAAGUUUGGUGAGCGAGCUCCACCGCAGCGCCUAACACGAGAGGCUAUGAGAAACUACCUGAAGGAGAGGGGAGACCAGACCUUACUCAUACUACACGCUAAAGUCGCACAGAAGUCUUACGGCAAUGAGAAGAGGUUCUUCUGCCCCCCUCCCUGUAUCUAUCUGAUGGGCUGUGGCUGGAAGAAGAAGAGCGAGGAGAUGGAGAGAGAAGGUUGUUCAGAGCAGGAGGCUCAGCCCUGUGCCUUUAUAGGGAUAGGAAACAGUGACCAGGAGAUGCAGCAGCUCAACAUAGAGGGGAAGGACUUCUGCACAGCUAAGACUCUAUACAUCAGUGACAGUGACAAGAGGAAACACUUCAUGCUGUCAGUCAAGAUGUUCUAUGGUAACAGUACAGACAUCGGCGUCUUCCUUAGUAAGAGGAUCAAAGUUAUCUCUAAACCUUCCAAGAAGAAACAGUCUCUGAAGAACGCUGACCUGUGUAUAGCGUCAGGGACCAAGGUUGCGUUGUUUAACCGGUUGCGUUCUCAGACCGUCAGUACCCGUUAUCUACACGUGGAGGGAGGGAACUUCCAUGCCAGUUCACAACAGUGGGGAGCCUUCUACAUACACCUCUUGGAGGAGGAAGAGCCAGAAGGGGAGGAGUUUGCAGUGAGGGAUGGAUACAUCCACUACGGUCAGACUGUCAAACUGGUCUGUUCUGUCACUGGUAUGGCACUGCCUAGACUGGUGAUCCGUAAGGUGGACAAGCAGACAGCGUUGAUGGAUGCAGACGACCCCGUGUCUCAGCUCCAUAAGUGUUCCUUCUACCUGAAAGACACCGAGAGAAUGUACCUCUGUCUCUCCCAGGAGAGAAUCAUUCAGUUCCAGGCCACGCCCUGCCCCAAAGAGCCCAGUAAGGAGAUGAUAAACGAUGGAGCGUCCUGGACCAUCAUCAGUACCGACAAGGCAGAGUACACCUUCUACCAGGGGAUGGGUCCUGUACCCUGUCCUGUUACACCGGUUCCUGUGGUGGAGAGUCUGCAGUUGAAUGGUGGAGGUGAUGUGGCCAUGUUGGAGCUGACAGGACAGAACUUUGCUCCAGAUCUCAGAGUCUGGUUUGGAGAUAUAGAGGCUGACACUAUGUACAGGUGUGGAGAGAGCGUGCUCUGUGUGGUGCCUGACAUCUCUGCCUUCAGAGAGGGGUGGCGCUGGGUCCGUCAGCCCGUCCAGGUCCCCGUCACCUUGGUCCGCAACGACGGAGUCAUCUACUCCACCGCCCUCACCUUCACCUAUACCCCGGAACCAGGCCCUCGUCUUCACUGCAGCGCUGCCGGGGCCAUCCUCCAGACCCACAGUCACAGUAUCUCCUCUUUGUCCUCACCUUCCUCUUCCUCAGGGAGUCUGGGGAUGGGAGGUUCAGGGGGGUUGGUGGAAGGACAGGCGGACUACGGGAUUGGCCAAGGGGGAGGGUCAACCAAUAGCGUUGGGUUGUCGUCGGGUUCGUCGGUGAUGUCAGUUUCGUCAUAGCAGCGGGGAAGUAUGUGUGUGGGGGGGAGUGAGAGGCUCAUGGACCUGCUUUGGAACCACACACGCUCGCUCAAGGACUCUUUGGAAAGAGAGCGAAUGAGUUGAGGAGGGGAAGGGGAGAAGAGAGAUGAGGUUCUGAUGAAAGACAGACCUGCAUGGAGGGGAACCCCCCUCUCUGGUGCCCCCGUGUGGUCGUUUGUGGACAUGACACUGCAGCCUGGGUCAUUCAGUCUGGGAGACGUUUCACCUCAAGGAUGACAAUAACUAGGAGCCCUUUUUAAUACAUUUGUUGGAGAACAGCUUUUUUUUUUUUUAAAUCAACACUCUUUCUACAAAGUUUAGAUUAUUUUUUGACCACAACAAAGGUCUUGGUAAUGAUGGAGGUAUCACUCGUGUGCUGAGAAACUUCAUUAUUGUUUAUGGGGAAACAUUUAUUAUAGUUACAAUUUUUACGGACCAAGGAAUAAUAUUAUUAUUAUAGUAUUUUAUUCUUUAUGAUAUUUUAUAAGCUUUAGCCGAGGUACAUUUUCAAAUGUUUUUUCUAUAUUAUAACACUUUUUGUUACCAAAUAGUUUGUUUUUUAUUUGAGAGAUAACUGAGGAGAUUGAGUUACGUGAUUCAGGCUGCGUCUCAAAUCGUCUAAACUGGAUUCCUCCCUUAUUAGUGUGAAAGAGUGAAGCAACCUCUGGGUGCUUGUGCACGUCUUAAAGUCUAGAAAAGGUCAGGGUUGUAAGUUAUCUGAAUAGGGCGAGAGUUGAACAAGUGAAAGCAAACUCGCAGUAGGUUAUCUCUAUCUACCCCAUCUCUUUUCACCUUCUCUGUCCUGUCCAGAUUAAGGAGAGGAAAUUAGGCUCGGGGUAAAGGGAGGAAGGAAGCCAUUUUUAGACUGUUGAGAUGCACCCCAUAAUCUCAGCCAGUUUCUACAGCAACCUUAAAUCUUCCUGGCCAAUCGCCUUAAAUCGAUCAGUCUCUCACCAGACCUUUUAGAAGAAAAUAAAAAAGAUGUACUUUUUUUUAUUUUCCUUUCUAUGUUGUGUGUGUGUAUAAGGUUGUCGUUUUCUGAAACUGUCCUAAAAGAGUGUUUGGUCGACACUCGUUAAAGCCAAGGCCUGGGAAUGUCAAAUUAUGUCAUUGGUCUGUGUCUCAAAUGACACCCGGUUUCCUAAAUAGUGCACUACUUUUGACCAGGGCCCUCCUAUGGGGGGAUCCUAAAUAGUACACUACUUUUGACCAGGGUCCUCCUAAGGGGGGAUCCUAAAUAGGGAUUGGGGUGCCAUUUGAGAUGCAGGAGUUGUUUUUUUACACUACCGUUCGGGCUCAGUCCCAAAUCGGCUCCUAGCACCUUGCCGCCAGUAGACGUUUGUGUAAAUCUGAGAGGAUUGGACAAGAAUUAACAAUAUGUUAAUCACCCUUCUAGACUUGGGGUAAUUCAUGCCAUUUUGAUUACUUAGCGUAUACUAUCUAGGGGUCAUUUGCUUACCUAGUGCACAAUAUCUAGGGGUCAUUUGCUUACCUAGUGCACACUAUCUAGGUGCUAGGGAUUGGUUUGGGACUGGACCAGAAGUCUUUUUUUUUUAAACAAAGAGCUUUAAAAAAUGCCACUACUGCCUUUUAGCUUGUAACACUUCCAACCAGCUCCCCUUCUUAUCUAAUGAAGCCGUAGCAUCAAACACAAAUCACAUGCGUCGCUAAGCUAAUAGCCCACUACACUGUACAUUUAAUUAGCUAAAGCUUCAUUGGAAUUCAAUUGGCUAAGCUAAUGGCUAAUGCUACAAUGUAAUGAUAUGAGUGAAGCUAAGCUGAAGCUAAUGCUACUAUGUAGUUUUAUUAGUGAAGCUAAGCUACUAUGUAGUUUUAUUAGUGAAGCUAAGCUACAAUGUAAUUCUAGUAGUGAAGCUAAUGCUAAUAUGUAAUUAAUGUCACUUGGCUACAGCUAAACUGAAUUGAAAAUCACGUUGCCUUUAAAAAACCACUCCUUAGCAAGAGACUGUUUUCUGUCUCACCACCGUGUCUUCUCACAAAGUAGCCUUUUUUUUGUAGCUAAAGUGUUUCACACGUCACGUUUUAGGUCAGAUAGCUAGCCUACCAGUUGGGUGUUUUUUUUGUUCAUCAUGAGGGAAUCAUUUACUAUGUUCUGCACACAACUACAAUGUUUCCCACUGUAGAAAACGUUUAUUGAAAUGAUCGCCAAAAUGUGUGUCCCAAUAUCUUGGGGUCUGGUCGGUGGACCUGUCACCUGUUGCUACCUGUCAGUCAUUGGUGCUGUACUACAUUGAAAGGGAUGGUUGCUCUGUUACUAUGGGAACAGGUUGUUAUAACGCAUACUGUAAAGUAACUGGGUCUAACUGAUUGAUUUUGUUUGAGUUGUAACAGUUUAUUUUUAUUUUUGCAGGUAUUUGUCUUGGAUCAAUUCUCAUAGUGCUAUUGUUUUUUGGUGUUAUUCAUUGAUAAAAACCCUGUGAAAGUAAUUAGUUGGCCACCGGUUCUCAAAUACAGGUCACCAGUUUUUUUUGCUUUCUUGGAAGAAAUUCUCUUUGUUCUGCUCUGCUUUAAUUGUGGUGCCUUGCCCCUUUAACAAGUAAGAGGAACAAUAUGACUGUUCUCAAAUCUGUGGUCCCUAAUCAAACCCCCCUAACCCAGUAUAAGCUACACAACUACAAACUGGCCUGGGAUAAUUUCUUACAUGAUUUUUCCCCCUCCUUCAUAUUGCUGGUGUCCUCCUGGGUCGUAUUCACUAGGAAACUAAACGGAAUCAAACUCUGCAGGCAACUACCUGAACUUGUCUAAAUAAGAAACGCUUGUUUUCAUUUUUUCCCCCGUUGCAAAACAUUCUGCGUGAUUUGCACUAAUGAAUACGACCCUGGCCCAAUAAAACCUAUUUUCCUCCCUUCCCUGUUCCAGCUAAACCACUCGUAUUGCCUUAGCUUAGCCCAUGGAGUGAGCCGUCACUGGUUCUGGUGGGCCGUAGUGGGAAUGCAGGAUUCUGUUCUAGCUCUAUACCUAAUUUAAUCUAGCCUAAUCAUGGUCAACAAAUCAAUUCAAGACCAGGAGUAAUGGAUUAAUUUUCAGUUGUGUUAGAGCUGGGUCGGGACAAAAAAACCUGCACACGCAACUCUUAAGACUGAGAGUUGUUUACCUCAGCCUUAUCUAUAGUGUAGAUGAACCUAACGCAGAAAUAGCACCACCCUGUGGUUGUCUGGGUGUAUGACACUGAUCUGAUGCCUAAUUCAUACUAAAUGGAGGCUUAACCAGUCCAGUACAGCUCGGGGUUUGGCCCUGUAGUUGUGAAUCAAGUGUUUUGCUUUCCUGAGAACUGCAACGAUAACCAAUCCUCUGUUUAACAUGCCAAAUGAAUCAACGUUUCCCUUGUUUUAACUUAGUGUCUGCAAUCUGAACUGGGACCUUAUUCCAUAUAUAGGUCACUACCUACAGAGCCUGAUCAAACAUAUCACUAUGUAGGGAAAUAGGUUGCCAGUUCAGAUAAAGCCAGUGGUUUUCAUGCUUUUGGAUCUCUUGACAGGCAGCUUUUUUUUUAAACCACAUAAAGAAGGCUAAAUAAAAUGCAUUGAGUUUGUUUUUAAAAAAAAAUCUCUGAAUAAAAUAUCUGUAUGCCUUCAGCUCUCUUGGUUGAGAGGGUCACUCUCUAAAAGGCAGGUCUGACAGCAUUGGCAAAAGAAAAGGUCAAGAAAUAAAAGUUGAGAGUUGGCUUGUC